AUGGCGCCUGUCGCGCCCUCGCUGCAUCAUGCUCCGCCGCCCACACUCGAAGGCGGCCAGCUCGAGAACCCGACCGGCAAGCUGUGCCUCCUCACGGCGCUGUACGCAGUCCAGGGCGUGCCGUUUGCUCUGAUCAUCGGUACUCUCCCCACCCUGUUUGCCACGAGCGUCUCCGACGCCCGCAUCGGCGUGCUCAGUCUCGGAGCGUGGCCAUUUGCGCUCAAGGCGCUCUUCGCGCCUCUGGUGGACUCUUACUUCAGCCGGAAGGCCUGGGUCAUCCCGUGCACGCUCGCCAGCGGCGCCCUGUGGCUGUGGCUCGGCCACACGAUCGAGGCGCUCGUCCUCUCGAGAGACACCACGUCCCUGGCCGCCGCACUCUUCGCCGUCGUCCUCCUCCUCGCGGCGCAGGACGUCGCCGUCGACAUCUGGGCGCUCGAGCUGCUCCCUGCUCGCAGCCGGCCAUACGCGCCUGUCUGCCAGACCGUCGGAAUGGGCGCCGGCAACCUCAUCGCCCACCCGCUUCUCCUGCUGCUCUCGUCGUCGCGGCUGCGCGACCCGCCCGUCCUGACCCUGCCGCGCUUCCUGUGGCUGCUCGGCCCAAUCCACGCCGCGCUCGCCCUCGCCGCGGCGCUGCAGCCCGAGCCGGAGCGCACUCGGCCGCGGCCGAGCCUGCGCCGCACCCUCGAGUCUCUGCGCGCCGUCGCCGCGACGCCGACCACGCGGCGGAUCGGCGCCGCCUGCCUGCUGCAGCGCGUCGGCGUCGCCGCCCUCGACGGCUGCUCUCUCACGCAGUACAUGCGGCUGCCCGGCGCGAGGCAGGAGCACAUCGCCUGCCUCGCAGCCUUGCAGGCGCCUGUCGCGCUGGCCGCGGCAGUGUACGCCGGGCGGCUGGUCGCUCGCAGCGACCGCCCCGCCCCCGAGGCAGCGCGGGGGCAGAUGCGAACCGGCUACCUCCUGCUGGUGGCGAGCUCGGUGGCCGUGCCCGCGCUGCUCUGCACGCACCGCGUCGGCUCGGCGGGCUCGACCGCCGGCCUCGUCGUCGCCACCUCCGUCUUUCUGACUGCCAACAAGCUCUGGUGGACCGCGCAGGGCACCCUGUUUAACGAGGCCGUCGUCUCGCCCGAAGGGGGGCCCCCACGCGCCGCCGCCGCGUCCCACCUCACACUCCUCAACUCCCUCUCCAACGCGGGCAAGAUGUGGCCCGUGCCGGUGGCGCUCGCGGUGUCCGACGCAGUCGGCUACCGAGCCGCGAGCGGCACGUGCGCGCUGGCGGGCCUCGCCGCCUUGCCGCUCAUGUGGAGGCUGAUCGAGCAGCGUCGGCGGUCGGCCGAGCACCAGCGGACAGUGGAGAUGGGGGUGGAGGAGCGAGCGCCGCUCAACCCGUUAUGA